UUUCCCAUAUUUUUGAUUAUGGUUGUUUAUGAAACAGUGACACCCUCUUUCUUUCUACUCACAUCUUUUUCUCUCCUCAACCCCACAACCCCAAAACCAUAAGAAAAAAACCAUCUACAGAUCUGUAUUUCUCUCUCUACUCACCCCGGAGAUAAACACAUCCUUGAAGAUUACUACCCACACGUAGAUGCUUUGUAGAUGGAAUUGUGGGUUAAAUCGGCCUCAUCGUCUAGCCUAUGUCAAGUUCGAUCAACUGGACUCCUCAUCUUCGUCGUGACAAUGGCUAUAAUUUAUAUUUGAAAUCAAGUGACCAGAAGCCAUUCGCAACCUACCCCUUUUAGUCUCUCUAUGUGUAUCGUUUAGUUUAAUUGGUGUUUGAUCACAGGAGCUGCAUCGUAGUUUAAUUGGAUUGGUGCUUGAUCACAAGAGAUGAAGAUGAUGAACGACCAGGUGUGGAUCGAAGCUUUAUUGGUAACUUUGUUACGUGUAACUGUAAGCAUCCGCUUUUGAGAACAAGAAGCAUGAGGGUACUGCUGUGACCUUGAAAGUGGCACUUUUGGUUAAAUUAGAAAAACAAAAAACGAGUGAGUUUUUCAGAAAAGUAGUCAAACCACAUUUUAUAACCAUUUCCUCUUUUCGUUUUAUAUAAAUAGUUGGGAUUUAUAGAUGAAUAUGUAGUACUUUGUUGUUGAUGUAAUUUGUGUGUGCGUCUAAACUUAAGUGUUACUAAUAUUUUAAUGUUAUAUAACGGUCUUUCCUCAAUUAAUCAUGAUGAUGAGCUCCACACCCCAUUAGGAUCCUGGGCAAAAGAAGCGGAAAAACCGGAACCAGUAUGCCUCCACAGAUGAUGCAAAGCCCUAAUGAUGAUAUGUUCCUCAAGGAGGCCAUCAAACCCGACCCGAGUGGAGGGAAGGUGACCAGGAGGAAUGACAUUGCGGUACAAACGCAAUACCUUUAUGUCCGUGUAGUGAAAGCAAGGAAUUUAGGUGCCAAGGAUGAUACUGCAGGCAGUAGUUGUGACCCUUAUGCUGAGGUUCGGCUGGGAAAGUAUAAAGAAACAACUCGUCAUUGUGAGAAGAAUUUUGAUCCUCAGUGGAACCAAGUGUUUGCUUUCACUAAAGACAGGAUUAAUAAGGCGUCUGUGGUUGAGGUUACUAUAAAGAAUAAAGAUAUGGUGAAGGAUGAUUUCAUGGGGUGGGUAUUAUUUGAUCUUACCGAGGUUCCAAAGACCGCACCACUGGAUAGUCCUCUAGCUCCUGUAUGGUAUAGACUGGAAGACAGGAAAGGGAACAAGUUGCAAGGAUUUAUUAUGUUAGCUGUGUGGUGGGGUACUCAAGCUGAUGAAGCUUUACGUGAAGCAUGGCAUGUAGAUGAUGAUGGUGAUGCUGCUUCUUCUUCUCCUCCUGUUGUUGGAGCUGAUGCUCUUGCAAAUAAUAUCCGUUCAAAGGUGUAUCUUUCUCCUACUCUAUGGUAUCUCAGAGUUAAUGUGAUUGAAGCCAAGGACUUGGUACCCGGUGAUAUAACUAAAACCCCUGAACUUGUUGUGAAAGCCACCCUUGGUAUUCAGACUAAAUGGACUCGCGUAUCCACAAGCAGGUCUAUCGAUCCUAAGUGGAAUGAGGAUUUGAUGUUCGUAGCUGCAGAGCCAUUUGAAGAGCCUCUGAUAUUGAGCGUGGAAGAUAAGUCUGCCCCUUACAAUAGUAAAGUAUUUGGAACGUGUGCAAUUCCUUUGCAGUACGUGGAACGAAGAUUAGAUCAUCACAAAGCUAUAAACAACGCAAGGUGGUUUAAUCUGGAGAAGGAUAAUGUUACCAUAGAUGUUGAAAACGAGAAGGAAGUCAAGCUUGCUAGCAGGCUUCAUACGAGAAUCUGCUUGGAAGGUGGUUAUCAUGUUCUUGAUGAAUCUACUAACUUCUGUAGUGAUUUCAGGCCAGCAGCAAAGAAGUUAUGGAAGAAAAGCAUUGGGGUUCUUGAAGUGGGAAUCUUGGGUGCUAGUGGGUUAUUACCGAUGACGAAGAAAGAUGGAAGGGGAACAACAGAUGCAUAUUGUGUGGCCAAGUAUGGGAAAAAGUGGGUCAGAACAAAAACAGUAACAGACAGUCUUUCUCCAAAAUGGAAUGAGCAAUGCACUUGGGAAGUUUUUGAUCCGUGUACUGUUGUAACCAUUGGUGUGUUUGAUAACUGCCAUCUGCCAGGUGGAGGAGGGACUAAGGAUUCAAAUAUUGGGAAAGUCAGAAUUCGCCUUUCAACCCUUGAAACGGACUGUAUAUACACUCAAGCAUACCCUCUUCUGGUUUUGCGACCAUCUGGGUUGAAAAGGAUGGGUGAGAUUCAUUUAGCUGUGAGAUUUACAUGUUCUUCAUUGCUAAACAUGAUGCAUAUGUACUCGCAACCUUUGUUACCCAAAAUGCACUACAUCCAUCCAUUGACAGUGAGUCAACUCGAUAUGUUGAGGCACAAUGCGACUCAGAUUGUGGCCAUGAGGCUCAGCCGGGCUGAGCCGCCAUUGAGGAAAGAGGUGGUGGAGUAUAUGCUUGAUGUGGAUUACCACAUGUUUAGCAUGAGAAGAAGUAAAGCGAAUUUCUUCAGAAUCAUGGGUGUUUUACGCGGUUUGAUUGCAGCUAUAAAAUGGUUUGAUGAUAUUCGUAAUUGGAAGAAUCCAAUCGCCACUGCUCUGGUUCACAUCGUUUUUGUUAUAUUGGUCUUGUAUCCUGUGUUUAUUCUGCCCUCUGUUUGCCUCUCUCUCCUUUCAGUUGGAGUUUGGAACCACAAAGGGAGACCAAGGAGUCCUCCCCAUGUGGACACUCGCCUGUCUUAUGCAGAUAAUGCACACCCUGAUGAACUAGAUGAAGAGUUUGAUACCUUUCCAACAUCUCGUCUUCCUGAUGUUGUGAGGAUGAGAUAUGACCGUUUGAGGAGUGUUUGUGGAAGGCUUCAGACGGUUGCUGGUGAUAUAGCAAUACAUGGAGAGAGGCUUCUGUCUUUACUCAGCUGGAGAGACCCCAGAGCUACAACGCUGUUCAUAAUAUUCUGUUUGAUCGCUGCUAUUGUUCUAUAUGUGAAACCUUUCUAUGUUGUUGUCAUUCAGACAGGCUUUACUGUGUUAAGCCACCCAAGGUUCCAGCACAACCUACCUCUCAUCCCACUCAACUUCUUUAGAAGAUUGCCAUCGAAAUAUGACUGCAUGAUAUGAGAAAAAAGAUAUGCAACUUUCUGCUUCAUUACAAACCUCUUGGUCUUUGCCCUACAAAUAUGGUGCAGAAUCACAAGGGAGUUCCUUCAAUUAUUCUUCUCUCUCAUGCAUGUAGCAGAAGAGUAUUAAUCUUAGAACAAAGUUGCUGGUCUGCCUUUUGGCUUGUAGUUUAAGUUUGUGUUUUUGUUUGAAUCAAUAAGUUGUUAUUAGUAUGUAAUAGGCGUACAAUAAUUAUGUUGGACUGGCUUUUAAAUGUGUGUGAAUUGCGUAACAAGUUUGACAUGUGCUCUACAAAACAUGCUUCUAAAAAAAGUAAAUGGUGUGUCUUAAUGUC